GCAAGAGAUAUGCUAAAAAUUAGACAAAGAAUAAUUUCGUGAAUAUAAGAUCGGAUACACUGGCAACAUAACAGGCCCCUGUCAUCAAGCCAUGUCUGCUCCAAUUUCAACACCCGACAGACCACCGCCGCCUCCUCCACCGGUGACGCAAGGUCCUCCAGUUCAGCCAAGAUGGGCCACCGCACUGAAGCACACCAUAUACGAGCUCCGGCUACAACGCCGCAUCGCCGCUCCCCUUACAAUCAUGAACCUGACGUGGUUCGCAAAGUCGACCAUCACAACUAUCUUCCUCGGCCGCCUCGGUGACCUCCAGCUUGCUGGCGGCGCGCUUGGCUUAACCUUUGCCAAUGUCACAGGCUACUCUGUGCUGACCGGCCUCUGCGGCGCCAUGGAACCAAUCUGCGGCCAAGCAUACGGCGCCGGAAAUCGUGGACUCCUUCGCAGGACCCUCCUCAUGGAGAUUCUCCUUUUGCUUGUUGCAUCUAUCCCAAUAUCUUUUCUUUGGCUCAAUGUAGACGCAAUCCUUCUACGUUUCGGCCAACAGAAGGAGAUUGCAAGCCUCGCGAAGAAAUACGUGGUGUUCCUUCUCCCUGACCUAUUAGUUAUCUCAUUCCUCAGUCCCCUUAAAGCCUAUUUAAACUCCCAAGGCGUGACGCUCCCCGCUCUGUUCAGCUCAGCCACCGCGCUAGUUCUGCAUUUGCCACUCAACAUUCUGCUCUGCAAGCUCAAAGCGCUUGAGGGCGUGGCGAUGGCCGUCUGGCUGAGCGACCUCGCCGUCGCUAUCAUGCUUGCUUUAUACGUUUUCAUAACUGAGAUAAACACCAAGAGCAGAGAUAACAACGUUCCUCUGCCGUGGUGGAAGCAGAGCAAAGCAGAGUGGGCGCGGCUUCUGCGGCUGGCGAUGCCGUGCUGCCUUAACAUGUGUUUGGAAUGGUGGUGCUAUGAAAUCCUGGUCUUGCUCACGGGGAGGCUUCCAGACCCCAAACGUAUGGUGGCUAUCAUCACCAUCGUUUUCAACUUCGAUUAUCUGCUAUUCUCAGCCAUGCUGUCUCUCGCCACCGCCGCGUCCGUGCGAGUGUCGAACGAGCUUGGUGCCGGCCGCGGAACGGCAGCGCGUGCGGCGGCGUACGUGUCGAUAAGCAUGGGCUUCCUCGGUGGGCUCAUAAGCGCGGCGGCGAUGGCGGGGGCGAGGGGAUGGUGGGGUGCGGUGUUCAGCAAAGACAGGGGAAUCGUAGGGGGGGUGAAGAGCACGAUGCUUAUUAUGGCAGUGGUUGAAGUGGUGAACUUUCCGCUUGCGGUGAGCGGAGGAAUAGUACGCGGCACAGCGCGGCCAUCGCUGGGCAUGUACGCGAGCACCGGCGGGUUUUACCUGGUGGCGCUACCGCUUGCGGUGCUUCUUGGGUUUAAGGCAGGGCUGGGGUUGUCUGGAUUGCUGCUGGGGUUUCUCGUCGGCGGCGCAACUAGCGGCGUGCUAUUGCUGGUAUUUUUGGCUUCUAUUGACUGGGAAAGGGAGGCGGAAAAGGCUCAGAGAUUAGCAGCGGUUAGCUUGAACGGUGCAGAUGAACCUAACAGAAUACGUGAUAUUAGGACGGUUAAUGAUUAGCCGGUGAUUUAAUUUGAGCAUAUAUGAUUAAAAUUCGCUGAUUAAACUGUGUUGGAUUAUAUAUUCUGUAUUGAGCAGUGCUAAAUUAUUAUUUGGAAGAUUUAUAGCUUUAUGUACAGUGCAAAAUGGAAGUUUGGCAAUGCUUUUUCAAUA